GCUACUUCUCCAUGGAUUCCGAGACUUCGACACAGAAGCCAGCGAUCGCUCCAGCACCAACCCCUGAAACCCUAGCUCCACCAUCCCCAACCAAAGACAGAGACUUCCUCAACCACCUGGAAGCUUACCUAGCUAAGCGAGAUGGCGUGGACAAGCUACUUAAGAUCUCGCGUUACGCCUCCAAGAUCGUUUUGGCCUCCUCAGCUCUUCCCGAAUCUCUAAUUUUAACUCAGCGGUUAAAGAGCUUCGAGUCUAGCGUAGGACUGAGUCGCAAAGCCUUUCGACUCGGCAAAUUUGUUCAGGACCUUAACGCUCUUAGAAACUCUCAUUUCCAUUCGAAACAAGAAAUUUUCCUCGCCAUUAUUGCUUAUGGAGGCGAAGGCUUGUAUUAUUUUGUCGAACAAUUCGUUUGGCUGGCUAAAGCAGGCUUGAUCGAUAGCAAACACUCAAAAAAUUUGGGAAAAAUCAGUGCCUGGUUUGAGUUUAUAGGAUACAUAGGUGGUAUUUCUCUCAAAAUUAGGGAUUUGAAGAAAUUAAUUGAAGAUGAGGUCUAUUUGGAAUCGACCAUUGAGGUUGCUGUUGUGAGAGGAAAUGGGUAUCGAGUGGAAGAAGAGAAGAUGAAGAAGCUGAGAGAGAAGAAGUUGAUGAAGAAACUUUCGAUUAUACAGGACUUAGCUGAUGGGUUAAUGGCGUUAGCAGAUAUUCGAGACGGGAAGGGGCGGCUCUCGGCGCCGCUUUUGGUAUCGUUUGCAGGACUUUUGUCUGCCUUGAUUAGUGCUCACAAGAACUGGGUAUCUUGUUGAGCUUGGCAUCAUUUCAAAAGGUAUGACUGUUGAAGAAUUAGGCUUCUUUUACAUUUAUUUAAUUUGUGAAUUUCAGGUUUUCUAUUGGCAGAAGAAAAUUAGAAAGCAAUGAUGUUAUUUUGUAGCUGAAAAAUUAAGAUAAAAGAAAGGGGUAAGAAAACUCUUUUGCUGUUGGGAUGGAGAAUAAAAUGUCCCCCCUCUAAAGCGCAGUGACUCCCUUGUUUCUAAGCUUCUAUCUUUUUCAUAAUAAUAAAAUCAUACACUUUGGUUUCUUUUU